AUGAAUGGAGGGUGUUACACAACUGAACUACUGGGAUGCUGCACCGAUAUCUUCAGUGACUUGAGAUAUUUUAGCAAUUUACACUCGCCUGGUGACACCUCCGGGAGGAAGUUGAAGGGCGCUCAAGUCCACUUGCAGCUCAUCGCACGACACCUGGAGACGAGCUCGGCCAAACGCACGGAGGCAUACCCGCUGUGGGGACGCGUCAGCCCUGAACCAGCCUGGCCUGGCCAAAACACAUCACCU